AUGUCAAUCAAAACAGCCACGGCCGUAGAGCCGUUCUCAUACGAGCUCGACAGCCUCCCAGCCACGGGGCCGACGACUGCCGCGCCGAGUCGCGUAGCUUCGACAGACCGCGUCGCGCUCGAGCUUGAUCAUGAGAGCGAGUCGCAGCGCGAAGAGGAGGCUGUUGCGCUUCCGCCUGUCGAUGGAGGCGUGCGCGCUUGGACGUUUGUCUUUUGCGCUUUCAUACUGGAGACGCUCGUCUGGGGUUUCCCUUUCUCUUACGGCGUCUUCCAAGAAUACUACCUCUCCUCCCCCACCUCGCCCUUCCUCGGCGCCUCCGAAUCCGCCAUAAACGCCAUCGGCACCAUCACGCUCGGCAUCCAGUACAUGGAGGGCCUGGCCGUCAUGUUCCUCACGCAGAAGUACCCGCGCUGGACGAAGCCGAUGAUGGUUAUGAGUUUGGCGACGUGCGUGGGCGCGCUCGUGCUGUCGAGCUUCGCGAGCAGGGUGUGGCAUUUGAUUUUGCUGCAGGGGGUCGUGUAUGGCGUUGCGGGGGGCGCGCUGUAUAUGCCGAUCGUGGGAUGGUUGAACGAAUGGUUCGUCGAGCGCCGCUCCCUCGCCGGCUCCUUCAUCUUCGGCGGCAGCGGCCUCGGCGGCGCGUCCUUCCCCAUCCUCGCCAACGCGCUGCUCCAGCACAUCGGCUUCCGCUGGACGCUGCGCAUCAUGGCCGCGCUCGUCGGCAUCUUGGGCGGGCUCGCGCUGCUCGGCGCGAACCCGCGCCUGCCCGUCGCGCGGCGCGCGGCGCCGGCGCCGUGGGACUUUUCGUUCGUGAGGCAGCCGGUGUUUCUGUUCGUCGCGGCGACGAUCUUCAUCCAAGGCCUCUCCUACUUCCCCGUCUCGCUCUACAUCCCCUCCUACGCCGCCUCGCUCGGCUUCUCCUCCCUCAACGGCACUUUGGCGCUCGCGGCGUUCAACCUCUCGACCGUGCUCGGCCAGGUCGUGUUCGGGUACUACUGCGACCGCGGGCCGUACACGACCGCGAUGAUCGGCUCGGCGGUGCUGUCGAGUGUUUUCGCGUUCGUGCUGUGGGGGUUUGCGCGGAGUCUGGUGCUGAUUUAUGUGUUUGCGGUGAUGUUUGGGAGUAUCAGCGGGGGCUUCAGCUCGAUCUUCCCGCCCGCCGCCGCGGACGUCUCCAGCACCCAAGCGAUCGCGCCCUUCAUGCUCUUCGCCUGCGCAAAGGGUCUAGCAGCCAUAACCGGGCCCUUCAUCGCCGCCGCGCUGCACCCGAAGAGCGCGUCUUUGCAUCCGGUCGCGAAUGCGGGCGGGUGGUCGGGGUAUGGAUUUACCGCAAUGACGAUCUUCGUGGGGAGCGGGAUGGUCGCGACUGCUGCGCUGUCGGGGGGCGUGGUCGCGUUUCGGAGGCGGAAUAUGAAGGCCGAGUAG